AUGAAACCAGAACCGGACGAUACCGACAGACCGGACGAUACCGACAGACCAGACGAUACCAACAGACCGGUCGAUACCGACAUACCAGACAGACCCGACGAUGCUGACAGACCCGACGAUGCUGACAGACCCGACGAUACUGACAGACCGGACGAUACCAACAGACCGGUCGUUCCAGACAGACCCGACGAUGCUGACAGACCGGACGAUACCGACAGACCAGACGUUCCAGACAGACCCGACGAUGCUGACAGACCGGACGAUAGCAACAGACCGGUCGAUACCGACAGACCAGACGUUCCAGACAGACCGGACGAUGCUGACAGACCCGACGAUACCGACAGACCCGACGAUACCGACAGACCAGACGUUCCAGACAGACCGGACGAUGCUGACAGACCCGACGAUACCGACAGACCCGACGAUACCGACAGACCCGACGAUACCGACAGACCGGACGUCCCAGACAGACCGGACGUCACCGACAGACCGGACCAUACCGACAGACCGGACGUCACCGACAGACCGGACCAUACCGACAGACCGGACGUGUCGAUACCGACAGACCGGACGUCCCCGACAGACCGGACGAUACUGACCUAUCUCUGCCGAUUUCACUACCUGAGCAGGAGACCAACGAGCAACGGAUUCUGA